GCCGCCGUCCGGUCGCCCCAGCCCCCUCCUCGCUCGGAUCCGCGCGCGCUCGCUCGCUCGCCUUCCCCUGCGACCCACCAUGUCUGGCGGCGCCGCCGAGAAGCAGAGCAGCACCCCGAGCUCCCUGUUCCUCUCGCCGCCAGCGCCGGUCUCCAAGAAUGGCUCCAGCUCCGACUCCUCUGUGGGUGAGAAGCUGGGGUCCGCGGCGACCGACGCCGGCCCCGGCCGGACUGAGGAGUACCGACGCCGCCGGCACACCAUGGACAAGGACAGCCGCGGGGCGGCCGCUGCCACCACCACCACCACCACGGAGCACCGCUUCUUCCGCCGGAGCGUCAUCUGCGACUCCAACGCCACCGCGCUGGAACUGCCGGGCCUCCCUCUCUCUGUCCCUCAGCCUGGCGCCCCCGCGGCGGUUCCGCAGAGUGCUCCAGCAGAGCCCCACCGGGAGGAGACCUUGACCGCCGCCGUCGCCUCCCAGGUGGCCCAGCAGGCCCCGCCCACCGCUGCCCCUGGGGACCAAGCCGCUUCGGGUCCUGCAGCCCCGACGGUCCCCAGUAGCACCAACAAAGACCGUCCAGUUCCCCAGCCCAGCCUUGUAGGGAGCAAAGAGGAGCCGCCGCCGGCGAAAAUUGGAAGUGGUAGUGGCGGCGGCGGCAGCGCCAAGGAACCGCAGGAGGAACGCGGCCAGCAACAGGAUGAUAUCGAAGAGCUGGAGACCAAGGCCGUGGGGAUGUCCAACGAUGGCCGCUUUCUCAAGUUUGACAUCGAAAUCGGCAGAGGCUCCUUUAAGACGGUCUACAAAGGUCUGGAUACCGAAACCACGGUGGAAGUCGCCUGGUGUGAGCUGCAGGACCGGAAGUUAACAAAGUCUGAAAGGCAGAGAUUUAAAGAAGAAGCUGAAAUGUUAAAGGGUCUUCAACAUCCCAAUAUUGUUCGAUUCUAUGAUUCCUGGGAAUCCACAGUGAAAGGAAAGAAAUGCAUUGUUUUGGUGACUGAACUUAUGACAUCUGGAACACUUAAAACGUACCUGAAAAGGUUUAAAGUGAUGAAGAUCAAAGUUCUAAGAAGCUGGUGCCGGCAGAUCCUUAAAGGACUUCAGUUUCUUCACACUCGAACUCCACCUAUCAUUCACCGGGAUCUUAAAUGUGACAACAUCUUUAUUACUGGCCCCACAGGCUCAGUCAAGAUCGGAGACCUUGGUCUGGCAACCCUGAAGCGAGCUUCUUUUGCCAAGAGUGUGAUAGGUACCCCAGAGUUCAUGGCCCCUGAGAUGUAUGAAGAGAAAUAUGAUGAAUCCGUUGAUGUUUAUGCUUUUGGGAUGUGCAUGCUCGAGAUGGCUACAUCUGAAUAUCCAUACUCGGAGUGCCAAAAUGCUGCACAGAUCUACCGUCGAGUGACCAGUGGAGUGAAGCCAGCCAGUUUUGACAAAGUAGCAAUUCCUGAAGUAAAGGAAAUUAUUGAAGGGUGCAUAAGACAAAACAAAGAUGAAAGAUAUUCCAUCAAAGACCUUUUGAACCAUGCCUUCUUCCAGGAGGAAACAGGAGUACGGGUAGAAUUAGCAGAAGAAGAUGAUGGAGAAAAGAUAGCAAUUAAAUUAUGGCUGCGCAUUGAAGAUAUUAAGAAAUUAAAGGGAAAAUACAAAGACAAUGAAGCUAUUGAGUUUUCCUUUGACUUGGAGAGAGAUGUGCCAGAAGAUGUGGCUCAAGAAAUGGUAGAAUCUGGGUAUGUUUGUGAAGGUGAUCACAAGACUAUGGCUAAAGCUAUCAAAGACAGAGUGUCAUUAAUUAAGAGAAAACGAGAACAGCGCCAGUUGGUACGAGAGGAACAAGAAAAAAGAAAACAAGAAGAGAGCAAUCUUAGACAACAAGUUGAACAACAAUCAAGUGCUUCCCAGACAGGAAUCAAACAGCUCCCUUCUGCAAGCACUGGCAUACCUACUGCUCCUGCCACAUCAGCUUCAGUUUCUACACAAGUAGAACCAGAAGAACCUGAGGCAGAUCAGCAUCAACAGCUACAGUUUCAGCAACCUAGUAUAUCUGUGUUAUCUGAUGGGACAGUUGACAGUGGUCAGGGAUCAUCUGUGUUCACAGACUCUAGAGUGAGCAGCCAACAGACAGUUUCAUAUGGUUCCCAACAUGAACAGGCACAUUCUGCUGGUACAGUUCCAGGGCAUACAGCUGCUACUGUCCAAGCACAAUCUCAGCCCCAUGGUGUAUAUCCACCUUCAAGUAUGCCUCAGUCCAUGGCGCAUCCGUGUGGGGGGACCCCAACAUACCCAGAGUCACAGAUAUUUUUCCCAACUAUUCAUGAGCGUCCAGUUUCUUUUUCACCACCUCCCACCUGUCCACCGAAAGUAGCCAUUUCCCAGCGGCGUAAGAGCACCUCCUUCCUGGAAGCCCAAACUCGCCACUUUCAACCCCUGCUGAGGACUGUUGGCCAAAAUCUUCUUCCACCUGGUGGCAGCCCAACUAACUGGACACCAGAGGCUGUAGUUAUGUUGGGUCCUACAGCCAGUAGAGUAACCGGAGAGCUAUGUGAGAUACAGGUCCAUCCUACUAUGUCUGAGCCUACUCAAGUUUACAGUGACUAUAGACCUGGACUAGUACUUCCAGAAGAAGCUCGCUAUUUUAUUCCUCAGGAAGCAGUGUAUCUAGCUGGGGUACAUUACCAGACCCAGGUGGCAGAACAGUAUGAGGGUGUUUCAUACAACUCACCAGUACUGUCAAGUCAUAUGAAACAGAUACCUGAACAGAAGCCAGUACAAGGGGGGACUACCUCAAGUUCUGUCUUUGAAUUUCCAUCUGGACAGGCUUUCCUGGUAGGACACCUUCAGAAUUUAAGAUUAGAUUCUGGAUUGAGUCCAGGAUCUUCCCUCUCUAGUAUUUCUGCACCUCUCAGUACAGAUGCUACAUGUUUGAAAUUUCACCCCAUCUUUGUUCCUCAUUCUGCACCUGCUGUGUUAACUCACAGCAAUGAGAGCAGAAGCAACUGUGUAUUUGAAUUUCACGCUCAGACACCGAGCUCCUCUUCAGGAGAAGGAGGUGGAAUUUUGCCUCAACGUGCUUACCGAAAUCGACAGGUUGCAGUGGACUCAAAUCAGGAUGAAACGCCUCCUCAGUCAGUUGGAUUACAUGGCCACCUGCAGCCUGUGACUGAAGAACAGUGUAUUUACCAGACCCCAGAACUGACCAUUUCUGUGAUAGAGCCUGUCGGACAGAACUGGCCAAUAGGAAGCCCAGAAUAUUCCAGUGAUUCCUCACAAAUCACUUCAUCCGAUCCCAGUGAUUUUCAGUCACCUCCCCCUACAGGGGGAACAGCUGCACCUUUUGGCUCUGACUUCUCAUUACCCUUUAUCCAUCUGCCUCAGACAGUGUUACAAGAAUCCCCACUUUUCUUCUGUUUCCCCCAAGGAACUACAUCUCAGCAGGUCUUAUCUGCCUCAUUUUCUUCAGGAGGAUCUGCACUCCAACCGCAGGCACAGGGGCAGAGCCAGGGCCAGCCGUCCUCAAGUAGCUUAGCAGGGGUUCCAUCUUCCCAACCCAUCCAACAUCCUCAGCAGCAGCAGGGAAUACAGCAGACAGCCCUUCCUCAACAGACAGUACAGUAUUCACUUACACAGACAGCAACCUCUAGUGAGGCCACUACUGCACAGCCAAUGAUUCAGCCUCAGACUUCACAGGUCUUGCCUCAAGUGUCAACAGGAAAACAGCUUCCAGUUUCCCAGCCAGCACCAACUGUCCAAGGCGAACCUCACAUCUCAAUUGCGACACAACCCUCAGUUGUUCCAGUCCACUCUGGUGCUCAUUUUCUCCCUGUGGGACAGCCACUCCCCACUUCUUUACUCCCACAGUACCCUGUCUCUCAGAUUCCCAUAUCAACUCCUCAUGUGUCUACGGCUCAGACAGGUUUUUCAUCCCUUCCCAUCACAAUGGCAGCUGGCAUUAAUCAGCCGCUGCUCACCUUGGCUUCAUCUGCUACAUCAGCUGCAAUCCCAGGGGCAUCAACUGUGGUUCCUAGUCAGCUUCCAACUCUUCUGCACCCUGUGACUCAGCUGCCAAGUCAAGUUCACCCACAGCUCCUACAAUCAGCAGUUCAGUCCAUGGGAAUACCAGCUAACCUUGGACAAGCUGCUGAGGUUACACUUCCCUCUGGAGAUGUUCUAUACCAGGGCUUCCCACCUCGACUACCAACACAAUACCCAGGAGAUUCAAAUAUUGCUCCUUCUUCCAACAUGGCUUCUGUUUGCAUUCAUUCUACAGUUCUGUCCCCUCCUAUGCCGACAGAAGCAUUGGCUACACCAGGUUACUUUCCUCCAGUGGUGCAGCCUUAUGUGGAAUCAAAUCUUUUGGUUCCUAUGGGCGUUGUAGGAGGACAGGUUCAAGUGUCCCAACCAGCAGUGAGUUUAGCACAACCCCCCACUACAUCCUCCCAGCAAGCAGUUCUGGAGAGUACUCAGGGAGUCUCUCAGGUUGCUCCCCCAGAGCCAGUUCCAGUAACACAGCCACAACCUAUCCAGCCUGUCAAUUUGGUUUCCUCUGUAGACAGUGCGCAUUCAGAUGUUGCUUCAGGUAUGAGUGAUGGCAAUGAGAAUGCCCCAUCAUCCAGUGGACGGCAUGAAGGGAGAACAACAAAACGGCAUUAUCGAAAAUCUGUAAGAAGUCGCUCACGUCAUGAAAAGACUUCACGUCCAAAAUUAAGAAUUUUAAAUGUUUCAAAUAAAGGAGACCGGGUAGUAGAAUGUCAGUUAGAGACACAUAACCGGAAAAUGGUUACAUUCAAGUUUGACCUAGAUGGCGACAACCCUGAGGAGAUAGCAACAAUUAUGGUGAACAAUGACUUUAUUCUAGCAAUAGAGAGAGAGUCAUUUGUGGAUCAGGUACGAGAAAUUAUUGAAAAAGCUGAUGAAAUGCUCAGUGAGGAUGUCAGUGUGGAACCAGAGGGUGACCAGGGACUGGAGGGUCUACAGGGAAAGGAUGACUAUGGCUUUUCAGGUUCUCAGAAAUUGGAAGGAGAGUUCAAAAAACCAAUUCCUGCAUCUUCCAUGCCACAGCAAAUAGGUGUUCCUGCUAGUUCUUUAACUCAAGUUGUUCAUUCAGCCGGAAGGAGGUUUAUAGUAAGUCCUGUGCCAGAAAGUCGAUUACGAGAAUCAAAAGUUUUCACCAGUGAAAUAUCAGAUACAGUUGCUACCCCCACAUCUCAGGGCCCUGGAAUGAACUUGUCUCAUUCUGCCUCGUCCCUCAGUCUCCAGCAGGCAUUUUCUGAACUUAAACGUGCUCAGAUGACUGAAGGACCCAGUACAGCACCUCCAGACUUUAGCCAAAUGGGACCAACAUUUCCUCCUUUCUUGGCUAGCACUGCUGGCGGACCGCCAACCACUGCAGCACCCACACCUUCAAUAUCAGUCCCUAUAACAAGCAGCCCUCUUAAUGACGUUUCCACAUCAGUGGUACAGCCUGAGGUUAUAGCACCCACUGAAAAAGGGAUUGCUGGAGUUGCCACCAGCACAAGGGUGGUAACUUCAAGUGGUCUUUCUGAACCACCUGUGUCUGAGUCACCAAUACUCUCCAGUGUGGUGUCAAGCAUCACUGUACCUGCAGUUGUCUCAGUGCCUACAACAUCCCAUCCAGUUCAGGCCUCCACAUCCGGGAGCACUGUUCCUAGUAUAGGCACUUUUUGUCCUAUAACAGUUCCAACGACUUCAGCCUCUGCCUUGGGCAGUGCAGCUGCCUCAGGCGCCAAGCCUCCAAAUAUGUUUUCUCAGCAGGCAGUAGGUAGUACUCCUGAGACGGCCACAGUAACGUCAGUUUCUGCUACCACUCUACUCCCAAGUAUAGUUUCACAGCCCUCUCUUCUUAGCAGCACCUCUGCUACUACUAUAGCUGAAACAGUGGUUAGUGCACAGUUACUAGACAAAACACCCAACAGCAGUGCAACUGGGUUGGCUUUGUCCUUCUCUGCACCAUCUUCUUCCUCCCCUGGAAUAGGAGUGGCUACUUCUGUUUCUCAGCCUGGUGGACUGCAUCCUUUGGCCAUCCCAUCCUCUGUAGCUUCUAUUCCUGUCCUUGCCCAAGCAACAGGUCCUAUUUCUACACCUUUAUUACCCCAGGUACCUAGUAUCCCACCUUUGAUACAGCCUGUUUCUAGUGUACCUGCUGUACAGCAGACACUCAUUCAUAGUCAGCCUCAACCAGCCUUGCUUCUCAGCCAGCCCCACAUGCACUGUCCAGAAAUAGAUACUGAUACCCAACCCAAAGCUCCUGGGAUUGAUGAUAUAAAAACUCUAGAGGAAAAGCUGCGAUCUCUCUUUAGCGAACACAGCUCAUCUGGAGCUCAGCAUGCCUCUGUCUCACUAGAAACAUCAUUGGUAGUAGAGACCACCGUCACACCAGGCAUCCCAACCACUGCUGUCGCACCAAGCAAACUCAUGACUUCCACUACAAGUACUUGCUUACCACCAACCAAUUUGCCAUUAGGAACAACUGGUUUGUCAGGUAUGCCAGUCGUCACACCUGGGCAAGUUUCUACCCCGGGGAGCUAUAUUUCAGCCCCAGUCACCACAGCAUCAGGAAUGAAACCUGGAACUGCUCCCUCAAAGGCAUCUUUAACUAAGGCUCCGGUGCUGUCAGUGGGUACUGAACUUCCUGCUGGUACUCUACCCAGUGAGCACCUGCCACCUUUUCCUGGACCUUCACUAACUCAGUCUCAGCAACCUCUAGAAGAUCUUGAUGCUCAGUUGAAACGAACACUUAGUCCAGAGACUCUUACAGUGACAUCUGCAAGUGGUCCUGUGUCCGUGGUGGCUCCAACAGCAGCUACAGAAGCAGGAGCACAGCCUCAGAAGGAUGUUUCUCAAGGCACAGAAGGCCUUGUCCCAGUAACUAGUCCAGGAGCUGGUGUUUUAAAAAUGGGACGAUUUCAGGUUUCCAUUGCAAAGGAUGAUGCCCAGAAAGAGAGUAAAGAUAAGUCAGAAGAUGCAAAGUCUGUUCAUUUUGAGUCUAGCACAUCGGAGUCCUCGGUGUUAUCAAGUAGUAGUCCAGAAAGUACCCUGGUGAAGCCAGAGCCUAAUGGGAUAACAAUCCCUGGCAUCUCCUCAGAUGUGCCAGAUAGUACCCACAAAACUCCUGCCUCAGAAGCCAAGUUAGAAGCCAGGCAGCCUACCAAGGUUGGACGUUUUCAGGUGACAACCACAGCAAACAAAGUGGGACGUUUCUCUGUAUCAAGAACUGAAGAAAAGAUCACUGAGGCAAAGAAAGAGGGAUCAGAGACAUCUCCUUUUAGGGAUUUAGAACAAGCUGUUCUUCCUGCCGUGAUACCAAAGAAAGAAAAGCCUGAACUCUCAGAGCCUUCGCAUCUGAACGGACCAUCUUCUGACCUGGAGGCUGCCUUUCUAGGGAGGGAUGUGGAUGAUGGUUCAGGCAGUCCACACUCCCCCCAUCAGUUAUGCUCAAAGAGCCUUCCCCCCCAGACUCUGAGUCAGAGCCUUAGCAAUUCAUUCAACUCCUCAUACAUGAGCAGUGACAAUGAGUCAGAUAUUGAAGAUGAAGACUUAAAGUUAGAGCUGCGACGACUACGAGAAAAACAUCUUAAAGAGAUUCAGGAUCUGCAGAGUCGCCAGAAACAUGAAAUUGAAUCUUUGUAUACCAAACUGGGCAAGGUUCCCCCUGCUGUCAUUAUUCCCCCGGCUGCUCCCCUUUCAGGGAGAAGAAGGCGACCCACUAAGAGCAAAGGCAGCAAAUCCAGUCGUAGCAGUUCAUUGGGAAAUAAAAGCCCACAGCUUUCAGGUAACCUAUCUGGUCAGAGUACAGCUUCAGUCUUGCACCCCCAGCAGACCCUCCACCCUCCUGGCAACCUCCCAGACACCGGGCAGAAUCAGCUGUUACAGCCUCUUAAGCCAUCUCCCUCCAGUGACAACCUCUACUCAGCCUUCACUAGUGAUGGUGCCAUUUCAGUACCAAGUCUUUUGGGUCCAGGUCAAGGCUGUGCGAAGUUUAACUGUGCAUCUGAGCAGGUGACAUUCAAGCCUGGUGGCAGGAGGACCCGAUUUCUGAGUACGCCCUGCUUGGCUCUUUGGAAGAUGGUGAAAAAAGUCUGUCCUUGCAACCAGCUCUGUAUGUGCCCUCCAGCAGAGCCGAAAUCAGGGACCAGCAGCACAAACACUGUCGGGGGUACAGUGAACAUCCAAGCUGCCCAAGCUCAACCUCCUGCCAUAACGUCCAGCAGGAAGGGCACGUUCACAGAUGACCUGCACAAGCUAGUGGACAACUGGGCCCGAGACGCCAUGAAUCUUUCAGGCAGGAGAGGAAGCAAAGGACACAUGAAUUACGAGUUGUUUUGUUCUCAGGGCCCUGGAAUGGCAAGGAAGUUUUCUGCACCUGGGCAGCUGUGCAUCUCCAUGAACUCAAACUUGGGUGGUUCUGCCCCCAUCUCUGCAGCAUCAGCUACCUCUCUAGGUCAUUUCACCAAAUCUAUGUGCCCCCCACAGCAGUACGGUUUUCCACCAACCACCUUUGGCCCUCAGUGGAGUGGGACAGGUGGCCCAGCACCACAGCCACUUGGUCAGUUCCAACCUGUAGGAACUGCUUCCUUGCAGAAUUUCAACAUCAGCAAUUUGCAGAAAUCCAUCAGCAACCCGCCAGGUUCCAACCUUCGGACCACUUAGACCUAGAGAUGUUAACUGAGUAGAUCUGGGAACCAGAGAUGGAAUGCCAAGGGCUGGGGGGAUGGAAAAGUAGCCUGUAUACUAACUACUAGUGCUGCAUUUAACUGGUUAUUUCUAGCCAGAAGGGAAUGUUUUUAAAACCGCCUUGAGCCCUCAGGAUAGAGACUCUCCCUGCCCCUCCACUUACUGGAGUGGGUCAAGAAGGAGAGAGAAAUUUUCCUGUGCCAGGGCAGCUUCAGACCAUACUUUCCUAUUUAUCUUUACCACCACUGAGGCCUAGGGAUAAAAGAAUAUCUUGUUAUCAGGAAGUUAUAGGAGAGCUUAGUGUAAAGCCAAACCUCAUGUGUUGUAAUUUGCAAGGCGAUGGAGUUAAUGGUGGUACAUAACCCAAAUCCUUUACUCCCUCAAAAAUUCAGACCAUAAGAUGGAAAAAAUGGGGUUCUCUCCUACUCUGCCCCCACCGUCACCCCCCUCCCCACCUUUAGAACCCAGUGGAAAAUACCAGGGGACUGGGGUUGCAACCCUUUCUUAAUGAUAGGUCAUUAGUGCUUUAAGCAAAAGAUAUUAGCAGCUCUGACUGCAGCAUUAGCAAUUAGGAAAAAAAAAAUUACGUUCCCUGCGGACAUGUAACUUUGCCAUCAGUUUUGAUGUGGAAACACUGUGAUAUAUAAAUGUUGUUGGACAACAGUAGUUUUAAGAGUAAAAUAUGAAAGGUUUAAAAAGUUCACACAAAAAAAGCUAGCUCUGUCCUUUACUCUUGAGACACUUUAACUUUUUCCUUUGUACUUCCAUUGUAUUAGAUAAAUAAAUGUGAAUGUAAAAUUGUAUAAUUACUGUACUUGAAUACUUCUGUUCUCCCAGUAUUGCUUGCUGGAUAUUUUAGUGCCUUGGACUUAUAUUGCUUCUGCCAUUAGCAUUGACUUACCAGACUCCAGAUCAGCAAAGGCGCAUGGAAAGAAAUCUUAGGUCCCUGUGACCCCAGCAGUGGAUAUGCCAAAGGGAAAUUGAAAGUUUUUUUUUUUAAGUCAUUCAACAGCUUUGUCUAGAGCAGGUGUAAAAUGAGUAAGGUGAGAAGUUGAGUUGGCAUCCAUGGUUGAAAGCAGAAAGUUCUGUUUUAGGAGUAGUGAGGUAGGGUGUUAGGACAAAAUUGGACAAUUUAAAAGAUGAAGGGAAGUGUUAGCUGAGCAAACAAAAAAGAAGGUCUAAAGAAUGGGGAAACAGAUGUGUCUUGAAGAUGCGUGCUGCCUGGCCAAUGACUGUUGUCUUACUGAUUUGAGCUGGGCUUGAACAGAUAAGACCAAGAAGAAGUGAAAUGGAAAGAGAAUAGGGUGGAGGCUGGCUUUGAAAUUGGGCAGUGUGAUAGUGAAGUCACAAUGGAGAAAGUUGCUCUGAGAACCUGUUUGGAUUGCUUUCCUAUGUUGCACAUGCACCAUGCAUUUCUCAGCUUGGGGUGCUAUAUUCUGUGCAAAGUGGACCCUCUUCUGAAUAAUAAGCACUAUAGGAAAGGUUUGUUCCCACCCAUUUCCUCUGUGAUGUCCAAGUGGUUGCAGGUUCAUAAUCUAUUGUGCCACCUCUAUUUCCAGAUUUCUAAGUAAUGCAUAUUUUCAUAUGCAUUCUCCCCUUAAAUAAUAACUGCAACCAACCAGUAUUAUUUAGUGCUAUGCCUAGCAUUACAGGCAGUUCUAUUACUUGCAGAGCUUUCCAGAUAUACUGUCCUAAUUGGCUAUGUUUGGGAUGUCAUUAUUCUCCGAAGAUAAAGGUUAGAAGUCUUAAUUUCUUGAGUGCUUCUUUUCUUGACUUUUAGUUGGGGAAUUAAAAUAUUUCCAGCCUUUUACCCACCUCAAUGGCACACUGCAGGAGUCACCACGACAGGAAGAGCCGGUGGCUACCUGAAUCCUGUUCGUUCCUUUAUGGGUCCUGUUUUCUUUAAGUUGGCCUAGGCCCCAGAGAUAUAAAUGAAUGCUGGAGAUUUCUGGCAGGUAGAAACAAAAAGGACAGGGGUUUUAAGCCCUGCUUCAAAAGUGUUUUCUGAUUUAUUCUUUGCUUGCCAUUCUUGUGGCAAGGAUAAGAGUAUGGAUAGAACCAAGAAGGUGCCACAUAAAUGAGAAAAGAUCACCUGUGGUGAAUGAAACAGUACUUUCCACCAGAGGAAUGAGGGAGCCAAAUGCACCACGUUCCUGUUUUGUUACUUUGGUUUAGUAAUUUUGAGAUCUUUUCAUUCAUACACAAAAAUAACUGGUUUUGUUUACUGUUGAUUUUUCCCCCUCCUGUGGAUGAAACAACUGAAGCCUAGAGGAACGAACUAGUGCUACUGAACUGUUUAAAUUAUUUUUGUGUUAAUAGUACAUUUUGAGUAUCUUUUUCCACAUUAAAAAGAACUUUCUGAAUUAUAAAUGUUUUCCUUACAUUAUUUAACAAUGUACACUGUUUUAAAAAAAGAAUAAACAACUCAAACCUUGGGGUAUCCCAGCAGCCAUUAAUUGUACAUUUUGCACUAACUCUGGGUGUUGCGCUCCUUGUAAGACUGCGCUUUCUGCUUCAGUUUCUUACCUUUGUAGACUUUAAUGAAACGUUCAAAUAAACCAAACUUGCUUUUGUUGA